CUGUUUUAUCAUUAUAAGUGUAGAUAGGAAUUCGUUUUUACCGCACUGGAUGAGGCAGUGAGUUAGCCUAGGCCUAGAGAUUCUAACGGGCUGCUUCCAUUCGGUUUUGAUCGGUGUCCGUUGAGUUUGAGCCAGUUUCUUGUCGCGGUGUAGCUGCUACCGUGUGCCUUCCUGUGAGUGUGUGUGUGUGAUAAAGUAAAAUUCAAAUCAAAAAUGUCCUUUAGAAGUGCUCUGCUGUUCAGCGUGCUACUGUUUGGAUACCUCUACUGGAGCUUAGCCCAACCGGCGAAUGUUUUUGAAAUCCGCUGCAAGGUUAUGGAACCGAUAUCAGACCCGAGCGUGUGUAAAUAUGGAUCCUUUUACAACGCCUGCGAUAAGUUAGACUGCUUUAAGGGACCGGGAGACAAAUGCGGUGACAAUGUAUCGACAAGCAUCCGCUACGGUAAGUGUGCGCCCGGGUUGUCGUGCUGCAACAGCGAGUGCAAGGGUUGCAUCAACGGUAACUGCUACAGCGUAUCUUGCCAUCCGUCCCACGCCAUGGGGCUGCGUUCCGAUCCUUACAUGCCGGAACGCCACGUGAACCCACUGUACCGGAUCUUCGAUUACUACAGCAACGAGUAAAUGUGCCACCGGUAGCCCUACCCCACCACACCAGACAUCUUGCUACGGGGGAACAUCUUGUGGGGGAGAAUGUACGUCCUCUCCCAUCACGUGUUUUGAAAUCCCGCCCCGCAUAAUAUCAUAACGACAAACAACAACGAAAAAAAAAAAACCCUAACCGCUUGUCAUAGCUAAACGAGUUUGCAAUGGUAGCCACUUCAAACGGUGUUGCUGUGGGAGGGGGGAAGAGAUAACUCUGGAAUUGGGACACUCGCGCCCUCUUCGUUCACCCCUUACUGUCAGAACCAGCUCAUUCACAGACCAGUGAUGGCGCACGAAGCAUUGAAACAACCUGCCUCGUAAUCUAUUGCUACUACUCUUACCGUUCCUGCAGUGCGCUUUUGCUAACGUGGAAUAGAUAUAUAGCCUUCAAUAAAGUAACAUCUAC